UGCAGUUGGACCUGACGUCUAACAUCCACACCAUCACGCACUCCAACCAACCUGUCACGGCGGCUGUGCACGUGAGUGGCGGCACGAGCAGCCAUGACUCAUCACUGUGCUGAGUCAUGAAAACUCUGAGCCUGCUUCAGCUGACAUUGGCCAAGAAAUGGAACAAACCAUGGAAGUGCUGGCAGCACCAAUAUUUAAACUUUUCUGGUUCAACACAACAGAGCCUGCCAGGAAUUGCUAAGACUGGUUAGCAUGACCAUUGUCGACGGCAGUUAAAGGCUGUGGAGCCAACCUGUGAGUGGCGGAGGAGUUGCUGAUGAGUUUCGGACGGGACGAAUGUGGGAGGAGGACAACAAAAGCAGGAAGCAAAAGAUCAAAACGAAUCAGAGGGAACGGCAAUAAGAGCUGCUUAUGAAAGACAACUCUGAGCCGCGCCCCGGACCACGUCCUUCAUCCUCUCACCGUGCCACAAAAUCCCCAUCAAUCUCUGCCACAAUCCGUCCUCUUUUCCUGUGAGCCAUCCCUUUAUUCUCCCCUCCUUCAGAACAUAGCUGAACCCCCUUCUACAGACCAGUGAUCCAGGCAGCAGCAAAAAAAAAAAAGAACAAGGGGGGACGAGACAAGCUGUCACUAAGCACAGGAGGGACCCUGACUCGCUGCCGGGUGUGAGAAAACAGCUGCCUCUAGCUCGAGCGCAUGGGCUGUUGAUAAACAGAGAUGGCGGUGAGACUGGCCGGUGCCACCCUGUCCUCUCGACCACCCUCCCCCUCUCCGACGGCCUCUGCCCGGACAGGUUAAGGUCGGUCCAUCGGCAUCCAUCGCAGCAUCUGCAGCAGCUGGCUGAGCGUGGGAAGGAGCAGUAUGCAGGAAACUGACCUACCAGCUACAAAUGCCUUCAAAGAGUGCAAGUUCCACUGCACCAACGGGAAUUGCUUGCGUCUGGGCUCGCUGAUCUGCAACCAGCUGAAUAACUGCGGGGACAACAGUGACGAGGAGAACUGUCCCGUGGUGACCCAGCACCCUCCACCUGGAAUCUUCAACUCUGAACUGGAGUUUGUUCAGAUUGUCAUCAUCAUUGUGGUGAUGACAGUGAUGGUGGUGGUGAUCAUCUGCCUGCUCAACCACUACAAGCUCUCCACCUGGUCCUUCAUAACACGGCAGAGCCAGGCCCGCAGGCAUGACCACGCCCUGCAGCAGGAUGGCUGUCUGUGGCCUUCAGACAGCGGAUCCCGACAAGGUGCCUCAGAGGUAUUAUACGCUCCUCAGGCCAGGGAUCGCUUCACCGCUCCCUCCUUCAUGCAGCGCGAUCGCUUCAGCCGCUUCCAGCCCACCUACCCCUACAUGCAGCACCAGAUCGAUUUGCCGCCCACCAUAUCGUUGUCAGACGGCGAGGAGCCCCCACCAUACCAGGGGCCCUGCACGCUGCAGCUCCGCGACCCUGAGCAGCAGAUGGAGCUGAACCGGGAGUCAGUGAGAGCGCCGCCCAAUCGGACCAUCUACGACAGUGACUUGAUCGACAUAGGGAACAGCGGCAGCCUGGUGGGGGCUGGAGGAGGUGGGGGAGGUCUGGGAGGAGGGGGCCCCAGGCCGCCCAGCAGUAACUCUGGCAUCAGCGUGGCCAACUCCUGCAGCCACGGGCGCAUGGAGGGGCCCCCUCCAGCGUACAGUGAGGUGAUGGGCCAUUUCCCAGGCUCCACGUUCUUUUUACACCAGCACAGCAAUAACCAGAGAAUAGGGAGACCAGGGGAUCCAGGGGGACUGGGGAGCAGGACGAUCCAGCAGCAGGGCCAAUCAGAAAGCACAAUAGUACCUGCCAAGGCCAAGGAUGGCCAACCAGAGGACCUGGUGUGAGGAAAGGGGGAGUGGGGCACUCGGGGGGCCAAGCACCCCGGACUCAGCACCGUCUCCUAUGUUUACGGCUGACAUGGAAGUAUCGGCCUCUGUAUCACUCUGUCGCUCUCAUGUCCUCUCUCCACACUUCCACGCACAAACAAAUCUCGACCCGAACUACAGCAAAACAAAGAAGGAGAAACCCAGAGUUUAUUUCAUUUCACUUUCUAUCCAGCCGGCACCGCUGGGGAAUUUUUAUUUCCUCCUUCUCUUGGAGAAAGAGAGAAAAACUCUAGCUAGCACAGCCUUUGAGUUUUUUUCAGUUGGUGAAAGCUCUACGAUGGGGACGGGGGAGAAAGUUCCUGUUUUCUUUUGUCUUUUCGAUUUGCUUUUCGGACCGGGAUCUGUGCACAACGCGAGAACUGAGAACCCAGGACAUGCGGAGAACACAACAAAAAACAAAACAAAAGACUCACAAACCCAAAUCUUAGUGCCAAGGUUCACGAGGAAGCAAAGCAAAGAGGGCAAACAUCUUCUAACAUUCACAACACAACAAAAAGAAAAGUUCCCUAAAAGUUGCACUAUCUCUUUUGUCGUAAGAGAGGAGGGACAUGAUGUCAUCUGAUGCUGAUGUUUGUGUUUUCAUUUUAUUUUUGUUGCAGGGUUACUCUUUGCUUCUUUUUUUUAAAUCAAGGGUUUCUUUUUAUGGAUGGACUGAACGACUGACUGAAGUCUUGCUCCAAAGUUCUCAAAAAACAAACAAACAAAAAACAACCCUGAAAAAAACUAAAAAAAAUUUAACAAAAACUAACAAGUAUAAGCUUAUCUCCAUCCUUUUUCGAAAAGCGCAAGAAAUCCUUGAACCCAGUCUAAAAUAUCUGUUCACACAACAGGCACACUGAAACUUAGUAAGAGAAUAACCAUGUACUGCUUUACGUCUGCUUCUUAAUCGGGGAGAAAAAUCUAUCUUGUGACCAAGCAGUGAUGCUUCUUAAAAUCUUGACUAAAAAGAUUUUCGUCAUUUCAAAUCUUGAACUGACUAACGAUUUAAAUCAAGUUCAAAGACGCAGUAUUAUGUAUAAACGACUCAUAUGAGCUUUACGUCAUCUUGUAAAGUUAUUCCCUCAUCGUUCUUUCAUGCAUGUUUAAGAAAUGUUUUAAUCUCCAUGGCAAACAUUAAGCUAGGCAACUAUCCAGGGUGGACCUAGCUCUGCCUUCGAGGACAAAGCUCUUUCCAGUUUCAGAGGUUCUGCUUCACAGAGCAGCCGACUCCCCAACUCGGCUCCUUCAGACUAGCCAGUAGCAGUUAGCAAGCAUCUGGCGGAACUGCAUAUCUGCUGAGCUCAUUAUUGGUAAAAACUUUGUUAAAGGAUUAAUAGAUGAGCCAUGUUGUGAUGACUUCCUGAUGGUGAAGUUUCAGAAAGGGCAGGAGUUUUUAAAGAGAUAUAGGCCCUAUUUUAAGGUGUUAAGUUAAAAAGUUAAAAAAAAAAUUAAGUCACAUGUACUGCUGUUCUUAUGUACAGCAGUUCUAUAAGAACUGUAGGUAACAGAGUUACUGGAUUGUGCUAUAAAAUGGCACUCUGUCCCUGAAAAUUACAUAAUACCGCCCCUUUGAAACUGUGUUUUAAACACUUCAACGCGUGUUAGGUUUUAUUUGCCGUCUUGGUCAAAGGAGGUUCUUCUCUCCAAACUGUCCUGUUCUGUUCUCUGAGCACCUGACCCUUUUCUUUGUCGACCCGCACAGUGCAUUCUGCCACACGGAUCUCAGAAACCCUCCCGCAGUUCUGCAAACCAAUACAAGGCUCAACCCUCCGUCUUCACAUGAGCGACGACCCACACACACACACAUACACACACACACACACACACACAUCUAAAAGAUCAAGUAAAGAUCGCUUAAAUAAGGAUUCCACAAAAAAAACUGACUGUGGUUGACGUCAAAGGGCUACCAGAGGGUCCUUUUUGAUAACUAGAAAAUCUAGCCUUUUUUUCACCUCAUUGUUGCCUUCAAUCUCUGCUGUUGCGCUUGCUCUAUCUCACUUCAGCACAUUUCAGUGCACCUUCUUCUCCCUCCACUCCCGCCCUGCAAAGAUAAACUGCUCAUCGCCCAUCCUGCCAUUUGUGUGCAAAGAUGAUGCAGAGUCAGCCAAGCCCUUUAAAGCUGAGACUGGAGUGGAGUCGUCGUUUGGCAGCAUGCUGAUGCAGUCUCCUCCUUGCAGUACGAGUGUGUCCAUGUGUUUGUUGCUCAGACCCUAGGCAACACUGAAAAGCACUUAAAGCUCCUGCAUAGGUAUUGUAUGUGUGCGUCCUUCUGAGUGAUUUCUGAUCUGCCUGCUUGGAGUUUUUAACACUUAAAUACAUGUUUUUUUGUUGUUGUUUGUUUUUUCUUGUAUGAGUUCAGCAAAGCAUUUCUUAAAAACCCAGGAAUGGACAAUGGUCAGUAGCCAAAGAGACGAAACAGGUUCUAGCAACUUUCACAAAAUAAGCUUCAGAUUCAGUUUCAAGCUCCAGCAAAGUGUCAACAAAUCUGACAAAUGUAGUUUCUGACCACUCGCAUCUGGGGGAAUAAAUUCAUAUUUGCAGCGACAGAGAAGUGAUGACUCACGGGAUCAAAUAUCAGUUCUCAGAUCUCGUCAUAUUUAUCUAAUUUGCUCAAUUUUUCACACAAGCUGCGUUUCCAUUGACCGUAAAAAAUGUGCAAAUUGAAAUUACGUAAAUAAAUUAUCUUAAUGGAAACUCGCUAAUUCUGAUCAAACGUUUUUUGAUCAAACGUUUUAGCGUUAGGAAGAGGUGGUUUUCAGCCCUAUCAGAUUAGAUGUAUUUUGCAGAACUCUAAAAGAAACAGAUUAUUCCCAUCACACAAGCCAAGUGAUCAACAACCUGAUAUUACUACUGGCAGAAAUGACAAAUAAGAUGACAGGAAGUGGUAGGAGGAUGAUGUUUUUGUUUUUUUUUCAGACGAUGGCUCCACCAGAGCUCUCACAGCAUCACACAGUUCUUAAAGAGUUGUGUGUCAUUCCACUGUGUUUCAUCUUCAGUAAACACAACAAUUACAUAGUUGCAUGUAUAAGUGGUUUGCCGCUCCAACGCCUGACUAAGUCACUAGCGUCUGCUAUGAUUGGCUGAAUUAUGAACAUGUUUUAUGUUUACAACCCUCGUUGCCAUGGCUUAUCACAUGUGAUUCUAAUUUCCUAUGUAAUGGAAAUGACAGAAUAUCAAAAUUUAGGGGUUUUUUAUAUUGAUGGAAUAUAGACAAAGAUUUGCUCAUGUUUGUAAUGGAAACACAGCUAUUCUUGCUUCUUUUGGCAUGCAUGUUUCUAUCUAAGGAACAUUGUGGAACAUCUGCACAUUUUUGGUAUCACUUUUGAUACAUCUAUGUAAACUAAUGUAUGCAGAUUGGGCUAUAUGGUGGACAUUACAAUCUUUCUUCUUUUCUGGCAGAUCAGGCUGCUUUUAUCUUGACAUUGUAUUUUAUUGUUUUCUAUUCCUAAGUGAUUCAUGCUUCUGGCGAACUUAAAAGUUGCUUUCAUUCAACCAAGAAGUUUGAUCUGAAUGGAAACAGGAAUGCCAAACCGUAGACCUUACAGUUCGCUCACCAUUCAGAAGAUCGCAACACAGUUAUCAACUUACUAUGAAGUAACACGACACACAACCGUAUAGCCCUUCCCCCUUCACUAGUAUCUAAGAGACCAAAAUGUUUUAGAUAAAAAACUGAGUUUAAAUGUCUCAGACAAAAAGAUUAAACAGAACACAGUUUAAUCUGCUCUGAAUGAAGGAACUGUUAAUGGAUCUCUGCACGUUUCUACCUACCAAUUUUGAACUUAAUUCUGUCUUGGUGGUCUUUGACUGUUCCCUGUUGGUGAAGCACUUCAAAACAGUGUCACUGCAAUAUUAGAUGCACCGGAAGGCCAUGAACCUGAGGAGCAUUAUUACCCUUAUGAUAGUGAUGGUCAUAAUGUAUCUACUUCCACAACUGAAAAACAAGGCAGGGAAACGUAGUAAGAUGAAAGUUUUCAAAAUGUUUGACAGUGGUUCUCUCUGGAUCCAGACUUUGGACAAAUUUUUAUUUUUUUUUUUUUACCAACUGGAAUUUUUUUGCAGUCUUUAGUCAUCUAAAGAUCUCUUCUCAGGAGAUUUGUUGGAUCCCGGAGAAUAUUAAGUAUAAAGCGGCUGAAUUAAUUUCGACACAUUGAUUUGUGUUGGGUAGAGACGGAGCAGACACAUUUCCAGGUGCAGUAACACCUUAACUUCCCUGGAGCCUCUUCACAGUUUAGUGCGACUUGAGCAAUAGAGAUGCAGUGAGAGUGAUUUAGAAAUAUCAAACUAAAACAGAAAAUGUGUCUGGAAGUCCACAUGUUCAUUGUGUUUUUUUAACCCUCCCGUGGUCUUAGCGUGACGCUCAGGAGGAGCGCGACAGAUGACACGGUCGGACAGCGGAGAAGCUGUCAGACCAAAACCACACAUGGAAAAAAGCUUGUAAAAGUGCGAAAAGCCUGUGGGCUUGAAACGGCCCUAUCUCUUCAGACAGUGGGAGGGUUAAGCUAAAGCUAGAUUUUCAGUUCCAACAUCACAAAGAGGGACGUUUAGCUCACUUUGGGCUGAAGCGCCUGAAUCGCUUCUAAUUCCGUGUGUUUGAAUGUAUGUAUGCAGAUAUCCGGCUUGUGUCUUUCUGCUUGUGUGUGUGUGCGUGUGUAUGCUACUACAUCGCUGCUGCUAUUGCUGUUGCUGCUACCACUGUCUUUGCUACUGCUGCUUCUCACAUCCCUCCCUCAGCCAGCCUUUCUCUGUCUUGUCCAUCCUGUCCUCCUCCACUCAUCCUAAGCUUAGGAGAGAAAGCUGCAGUGAAGCCAACAGGAACCUGGGACUCCUGGUACUUUUGGUCUUUAGCUGCAGGGAGCUGCUUCACACUCAGAUCUCUUCUAUGGUUUUUUUCUUUUCUUUCCCUUCCUACCCUUUGUUUUUUGGGGUUUUUUCUCUUUUUUUUAAGCUUGUUUGUACUGCGCAGUCAUAAGCUUGUAAAUGGAGGAUAAAUAAGAUAAAUUUUAUGUUUUCUACAAGGAGGUUUGCAUGUUAUUAAUAUAUGAGUAAAUACGGUGCCUAAUGUUCAUGUUUGAGCAGACCACGCCUCUGUCACACUGCUUCUCGGAAUCCAGGCAGGCGCCGUCUCCGGUCUGGCGGAGCACAGCUGAAGUGUUCAAGGUCCUUCCAGAAUCAUCCAUUUCUGGGCAAUCAAAAGCUUUCUGAACUGAAUCUGAUCCCAAAUUUCAUCCAUUAGGAUCAUCCCCGCCCCCCCUUGUUCUCACCGAAGGUAUUCCGAGCAGCACUGUAACGGGACUGUGGAGCAGACAUAGGAACCCACUUGCACUCAAAAAGCUCCCACCUUCGUUGUGCCUCACUUCCAACGGUGCUUUUUUCAGUAGUCUGUCUUUCUUUAUGUUUGUUUGUAAGGUGCUGUAUAUAACUUGAAUAUAUUAUGCACAUAUCCUACCCAGUGGGUAGAAACCAUGAAAAAUAUGUUGUGAAUAAUGUAAUAUACUGUAUAGACAAUAUAAAAAUUUUAAGAGGGCAACAUCAAAUUUGUAAAUGCCUACAGUUAAAAAUGUGCUUUGUCUGUUUUUUUUUCAUAAGAAAACGUGUUUUUCAAAGUAUGCUCAGAAAAUAUGGUUGCAACACACAUUUACAACUUCUGAUAUUUUCUUAUUAAUAAUAGUGUGUUAUGAUAUGGCUGAGCUUCAGUAGCUUGUCGAUGGGUUUCCUCUGUCGCAGCGCCAGCCGUCACUCAGAACCCGGAAAAAAGGUGCCGGGUUCAUCCCGACCGACGAUCAGAUGGAAUAAAAAUGAUCUAUUUAGUAUCACAGAUGACUGACUCUAUUGGACAUUAAAAUGUCCAAUAGAACAGAACCUCUACUGCUGAGGCAGUAGAGGUUCUGUACAAAUGUUUGAACCAAACCCAGAUUUACUUGCAGCAGCUCAGAAACCUGAACAAAUGCAACCUUUGCAUUUCAGUGCAUUUAUUCAGUGGGAAAAAUGCAAGUAAACCAAUAGUUCAUUUUUUUUAAUCAACUUUUUUAAAGUUGAUUUAAAAAAGUUAAAUUUUUUUAAUCAAUCAAUUGAUUAAAAAAAAUCAACUGAUUGAUACUCUAAUCUGUUGAUUAGAGUAUCAAAGAAUUUCUAAUUAGUAAUCCAUAAUAUUCUGUAACUCUGGGGAACAAAUGAGAAGUAACAGAUUCUGUUGCUGCAGCAGCAUGGCUGGAGGAGUCAUAUAGGAGAAAAAGGUUGGAUGUAGGAAAAGACCUUCUGUUAGGUUUGGCAGAGGAUCUGUGAUGCUGUGGGCUUGUUUUUCCUCCUGAAGUCUGAGAAACCUCAUUAACGUGAAAAAACAUAUAUUUUUUUAAUAUACAAAAAAAUCCUUUUUUAGAUUAAAAAUUUGUUGAACUAUUAUUUUAAAAUACGUCCUCAGGCCUAAAAGGGAUGGGUGGGACAUUUAAGACGUUUUUUUAAAAGACCAUUAUGAAUGAGCUAUAUCUGAACGUUGUCCAGUCAACUGGUGGUAAAUUUAUACUGACCCCAAAAAGCUUCCUUGGUAGCAAGGAAGGGUCACAGCAUAGAGCAUAGAGUCACAGAACACAAUCAAGAUGUCAGUGUGUGACUCAAGAACUAAAAUACACAGAACUUACAAUUAAAUAGUCCUGCCAAGACCUGUGAUUAACAUAUUUUAGGUCAACUUACUUUUAAAAAGCUAAUAUAAGGCAUUUUAAGGCUUUCAUUUUUAGAUACACAAAUUCAAGACUUUUUAAGGAUGCACUGGCACUGUGUGGUGGAAAAACACAAAAUAUUUACAGAAGAACCCCCAGCAGGCUGAGGCAGUAGAGGUUCUGUAAAAACAAAUAAAAAAUAGGAAAUUCCCCACUAAAUAAAUGUUCUCGAGUUCAUCAUUUUCAGUGCUGCAGAUAAAGCUGGAUGUGUUUGAGGUUUUGAUCUGGUAUUUGUAUUUUUUGACAUCCUUGCCAGACGUGCCAACGAAUGAGCCAGGCUCAUCAGCCUCUGUGACGGCAGCCGUCAGGAACAUGGCAGUCUGACUGGAGCUUUACUUCCUGUCAGCAGGGAGACGACAAGGCGAAGCUCUAGAGGAACUUGGCUUCACGAGGUUGCACCAGCAGCAGGAAACAAGCUCCGGGUUAAAAACUAUCGGUUACUUCUACUCUAUUAUUUAGCCGCUUAUUUUCUACAUAACAGCAGUAUAUCUGGCACAAUGUAUAACAGGCGUCAUGUUUAACCUGCAGCCAUUCUAAUAUGUACUAAAAAGAACUCCACUGUACAAUAACUGCAGAGCAUGUUCAUUCUUAUCUAUAGACGAUGUACAUAGCUACGCGCCAUUUCUUUUUUUUUCUUCUUCUUCUUCACAGCACCAAAUAAGUGGCACUUGUGUUGUUUUGAUUUGGGGAUAAAGUUGCCUCUGCUCUCCUCAUGUUUGGAUGUUUUGUUUCCGGGAAGAGAAAAGACUGACUUCCUCUUCCCUCCUCUCUGCAGUCUGGACUCCAGCAGCUGUUCGUAUCGUUCCACCUCCAGUAAUAACGUCUCAACAGUUUGUCCUGACAUUUACCAUAGGACUGCUUCCAUUAUGGGUUUUGUAACAUCAGUUUGCUUUAUUUACAAAAAUGAAUCCUUCUUGUACCCCUCCCUCCCCCUCUGUGCUGAAAUCUAUAUAUAUAUACAUAUAUAUAUAGAGAAUGAUAUAUAUUUAUAUGGUCAUGUUUAGUAACCAUAUAUCUAUAUAUAUAAAUAUAUAUAUAUCUAUGUAUGUAACACAGAGGUAAAAUUGUUGUGUAUUAUUGCCUCUUUUUAUUUAAGCAAUUGUGAUGUAAUAGGUUUUAGGCCUAAGGUCUGUUAUUGCAAUACUUUUACAGAAAAGCAGAAAAAAAAGAAGUGAAAAAAUGUCGCUCUAAGUGCUGUUGUAGUCAAAGAUUUUAUGCUUGUACUUAUGCUGUAGUCAGACUGCAGCGUAACAAAUAAAACUUUAAAAGUGA